AUGGGAAAUCUCUUUUUCCUCCACUCCCUCAACCUUGGAACCAAUUCCUUCUAUGGUGAAAUCCCCCUAGAAGUUGGCCGCUUGAUUAGGCUACGAGAUUUGACCUUGACCAAUAACUUUUUGCAAGGACAAAUCCCUGUCAAUUUGUCUCAAUGUUCCAACCUCAUCAAUCUUGCACUGGACAACAGCCGCCUUGAAGGUCCAAUUCCUUUCGAGCUUGGAUCAUUGUCAAGGCUUGUGACAUUCUCACUCUAUCACAACAAUCUGAUAAGAAAAAUCCUAACUUCCAUUGGUAAUCUAUCAGCUCUCCGAGUGUUUAUAAUAGAAAAUAACAAUUUGGAGGGAGAAAUUUCGGAUGCAAUUUCCCAAAUGACAAGUUUAACAGAUUUCCAAGUGGGAGGUCAACAUGGGCUUUCUUCUUCCAAAUCUUUAAUUCUUCUUUCGUCAAGUAAUCGAUUUACUGGACCUAUACCAGUUUCUUUAUCCAACGCUUCAAGUCUUCAAGAAGUUGAGUUUGGUAGAAACAUAUUUAUUGGAAACAUACCCAUAAAUCUUUGCAAUUUAAAGAUUUUAUAUCGGCUUUCCUUCACAAAUUAUAUUCUUGGAAUUGGGUUUGAUGAUACGAGUUUUCUCACUUUUUUGACCAAUUGCAGCCAACUACAAUAUAUUGAUAUAAGCAAAAUCAGUUCGAGGGUGCACUGCCUAACUCAAUUUCCAAUAUGUCAAUCCAAUUGA